CCCAAAUUCAAGUCAUAUAUAGCAUAGUUUUAAGUCUUACUCUUUUUUAUUACUCAGAUAUUGUAGCAAUGGGCAUGGUGGCAACAUUAACUGCUGAUAAGCCAGUGGUGAUCUUCAGCAAGAGCACUUGUUGCAUUAGCCAUUCUGUUAAGGCUCUUAUAUGCAGCUUUGGUGCCAACCCUACAGUUAUAGAAGUUGACAAAAUGGAAAAUGGUGAGCAAAUAGAGAGGGAACUGAUUCAGAUGGGUUCACAUCCAAUUGUACCAGCCGUGUUCAUUGGACAACAAUUUAUAGGUGGUGCUGAUCAACUCAUAAUCCUCAACGUCCAAAACAAGCUUGCCCAGUUGCUUUUGAGGGCUAAAGCUAUAUUUAUCUGGAGUUCCUAG